CUUCAUUCUGACCAGGACAAAGGAGAUGGAUCCCUCAAGUACAUUUUGUCAGGAGAUGGGGCUGGUACUCUUUUUAUAAUUGAUGAGAAAACAGGUGACAUUCAUGCUACUCGUAGAAUUGACAGGGAAGAAAAAGCCUUUUACACCCUGCGUGCCCAAGCUAUUAAUAGAAGAACUCUGCGACCAGUGGAACCCGAAUCUGAGUUUGUCAUCAAAAUCCAUGACAUCAAUGACAAUGAACCAACAUUUCCAGAAGAAAUUUACACUGCUAGUGUUCCUGAAAUGUCAGUAGUGGGUACUUCUGUGGUGCAAGUUACAGCUACUGAUGCUGAUGACCCAUCAUAUGGAAACAGUGCCAGAGUAAUUUACAGCAUACUUCAGGGACAGCCCUAUUUCUCUGUGGAGCCAGAAACAGGCAUCAUCAGGACUGCUUUGCCAAACAUGAACAGAGAGAACAGGGAGCAGUACCAAGUAGUUAUCCAGGCAAAGGACAUGGGAGGCCAGAUGGGUGGAUUAUCAGGGACCACUACCGUGAACAUCACUUUGACUGAUGUCAACGACAAUCCACCUCGAUUCCCCCAGAGUACCAUCCACCUCCGCAUUCCAGAGUCCUCCCCAGUUGGGACAGCCAUUGGCAGCGUCAAAGCCACAGAUGCAGACACUGGAAAAAAUGCAGAAGUAGAGUACAGAAUUAUAGAUGGCGAUGGGACAGAUAUGUUUGAUAUUGUGACACAGAAGGACACACAGGAAGGCAUCAUAAUUGUGCGAAAGCCACUGGACUAUGAGAUGAGACGACUUUAUACCUUGAAAGUAGAAGCUGAGAAUACCCAUGUGGAUCCACGCUUCUACUACCUUGGGCCUUUCAAAGACACAACUAUUGUGAAAAUCUCUGUAGAAGAUGUAGAUGAACCUCCCAUCUUCAGCAGAUCUUCUUACCUUUUUGAGGUGCAUGAAGAUAUUGAGUUGGGGACAAUAAUAGGAACUGUAAUGGCACGGGAUCCUGAUUCAGCCUCAAGUCCAAUAAGAUUUUCUCUGGAUCGUCACACUGACCUUGACAGGAUAUUUAAUAUUCAUUCAGGAAAUGGGUCCAUCUAUACUUCUAAGCCACUUGACCGUGAGAUAUCACAAUGGCACAAUCUUAGCGUUAUAGCAGCUGAAAUCAAUAACCCCAAAGAUACAACUCGUGUUCCUGUCUACGUAAGAAUUUUGGAUGUUAAUGACAAUGCCCCGCAGUUUGCUGUAUUCUAUGAUACUUUUGUCUGUGAAAAUGCAAGAGCUGGACAGGUAUUACAGACAUUUACAUCG